CAGCGCACAGAAGAUGGUGGCGGCUCCGGCCACUGCGUUGCCCACCGCGCCUGGAUAGCGGACACAACAUUACGUGCAGGUGUCGACGCUGCAGCAGCCAGCAGCAGAUAAUGGUCAGGUAACAGAGUGAGACAAUCUCUUUUCACUGUGGACGAUGCAGGGAAUGGAGAGGCUGGACGAUGCUGCAGCCCUAAGCCAUUUGUCUUGGAUUUAAGGGAAUUCUUUGGAGGUAUGAAGAAGAUAUUCUCCUGUGUAUCCCAUGCAAUUCAAUUAAAGUGGCUGGAUCAACACAGCACUCAGCUUUGACCUGUGGGACUCUUGGUGUGGGGAGGCGUGGAGCGCAGGUGGAGACCUUUUAAUUAGCCCGACUCUCUCCGGGUUUUUUGUUGUCUGCCUUUUAGAGGGGGGACAGAGCACCGUGGGCAAAGUUUACUUCAGAGAAAAGGAGAGACUGGACUGGACUGGACUUCAUGUAGCCUGCUCUAGGCGGCAUUUUCUUUCUCUCAGCUGCCCGGGUUAUAUAUUUGGAAUAUCUGGAGGAUCUCCUUAAGGCGCACUGUGACAAGGGAUUGGCGACAUUUAAUGUGACUGUGGAUACCAAAGCAUUAUCGAUCAAGACUGCUUGGUGCAUAGCCCUGGAGGAGUGUGUUUACACGUGAGCCGCUGUCAGCUAAGCUCUUGCAAUAACACAGUUCAUCGGGUAUUUUCCGGGCACCACGUCUCAUGCAUUUGUCUCCUGCACAGACCUCCGUGCACAUGAUCCCCUGUGGGCUUGGAGACGCAGCGGUGGCGGGGACUCAGGAGUAGAGAGUCAGGAAAGGACGGGGCUCCGUCCACGGAAAUGAUCGCGAUUAGGCCCUGCUGCACGGAGCAUGUGGGUAUAAAUAAAAGCGCUGAUGGCAGAUCUUGCACUCACGUUACCAUUAUCCGAAGUUGAUCUGCGUCUUAAAAUUAAACGCUGGUCUUUUUUUGUUUAAACCGAUCAUGCAAACAGACGAUUUUUAGGCAGAGAAAACACUGCGGAGGGUGUUUUUUUUUUUUUUGGAUGAAGUAAACAAAACGUGGUGAAGUUCAGGGGUACUGUGAAUCCCCAGUGGGACGUAAAACUGGAGAUCCGAGAAAGGACAUGCACCAGUCUAUUAACGCAGCAGACUCUUCACUAAAGCAACACAUUUGAACUGGAUUUGAUAUUGCACACUUGCCUACAACUUCUCAAUACCCCGUGUAAACCUUUCCCUUUACUCAUUUGGCGUUUCUUUUACACUUCCUCCCCCUUACGCUUAUUAUAUUGCAAUUCUCUGAGUUUCUCAAAUACUUUUCCAAUGAGUGAAACAGUGUGUAGGCAGCUGAGUGGAUUUGGACAGGAUCAGAGCAAGCAGCGAGUGAACCUUGCAGUCUCAAGUGCGUCAAAACAGACGGGAACGUAGAGGAAUGCAGGGAUUGACGUCAAGAGGCGCAAUAAUGAUCUAUUCAAAAUCUCUGGAAGGUCUGCUGGUGUUUCUGCAGCCACUACACUGCUAACUGAGAGGAGGAAUUCUCACUGAAAAGGUUUUUGUUUGUGCUCUCCUUUUUCACUUUUAAGAGGUAACAAUAAGUGUCCUAGUUUUUGCACUGUGGCCACGUACUUUGCCUUACUUACUGCUUUGAAAUAACAUUCCCUUCUGCAUAGUUUACAUUUUUUUUUCGGGAAAGACUAGAAAGCAAAAAUGGCAUCCCCCCAACAUCAACAAUUACUGCCUCACAACACAGAAGUGAGCUGUGACUCAAGUGGAGAUGGAGGCGUCUCAGUGAGGAUUGGCAGCAGUGUCAAACACAAGCACGUUGGAGGGCCGCUCAGCUCAAUCGGAGGAGGCUUCAUGGGGGGAACCAAGCACUGCAAGUACAGCAUUUCCUCCAGCUGCAGCUCCGGGGAGUCCGGAGCCAGGAGGCCGGUGGUCAAGAGCUUUCGCACGCAGAAGAAGAUGCCCCAGCUUUUCGAGAGAUCUGCAGGUCAUUUCUGGGACCCAAAGUUUGACUCCUCGAUCCUGGAGGAGGCCUGUAGAGAACGAUGUUUCCCUCAAACCCAGCGCCGCUUCCGCUACGUGCUCUUCUACCUGGUUGCCGCUGCCCUCCUCUGGGGAUUGUACUUUGCUGCCAACCCCUCCCGCUGUGACAGGACUGCCUUUCUUGUACCCACUGCAUCCUUCCUCCUGUUCUGUCUCCUUCUCUUCCUCUUAACUUUUACUAAGCUCUACUCUCGCUGCUACAACCAAGCAUCUCUGCUGCUCAUCAUUGUAACCUUCACCCUAACCCUGGCCCCCCAGAUCCAGACAUAUAGCUUCAGGGACCCAGAGACGCCCACACCUGAACUCGAAGUGGAAGAGUUCAGUGGCAUGGGACCCACAUACAACCUGUCCUAUGAUAAGUUUCUUGGAGGUAGCCCCCCAUCCCCCUGUCUUUCUCCUGUAGGCACCUUCUCCCUCUGUAUUGAGGUCCUUCUGUUGCUCUACAGCGUUCUCCAUGUUCGCCUCUAUGCUUCUGUCCUUCUCGGGUUUCUCUACUCUGUCUUUUUUGAGAGUUUGGGCUGGCUGCACCUGACCCAGGCAGGAGAUAACUGGAGCUUAGCCUCUCAAUCAGACUGGGAUACGUUAUGUUGGCUUGGCCCCGCCAAAGCUCUGCUCCACCUCUGUGCCCACGUCAUCGGUAUACACCUGUUCACCAUGUCUGAGGUACGGUCACGCAGCACCUUCCUUAAGGUGGGACAAGCUAUCAUGCACGGCAAAGACCUGGAGGUGGAGAAAGCCUUAAAGGAGCGAAUGAUCCACUCGGUCAUGCCCAGAAUCGUGGCUGAUGAACUGAUGAAGCAGGGUGACGAGGAGAUCGGUGAUAAUUCUGUUAAACGAUACUCCACCAGCGGUGCGGCAGCUGCCAUCUCCAGCCCUAAAAACAAUAAACGCAAAAAGACCUCCAUCCCCCGUGGCCAGAUCAUCUUCAGACCUUUCAACAUGAAACGGAUGGAGCCCGUCAGCAUUCUCUUUGCAGACAUCGUGGGAUUCACAAAAAUGUCUGCCAACAAAUCUGCCCAUGCACUCGUUGGUCUUCUAAAUGACUUAUUUGGGCGUUUUGAUCGACUUUGUGAGCUCACUGGCUGUGAAAAGAUAAGCACUCUAGGGGACUGUUACUACUGUGUGGCUGGUUGUCCUGAGCCAAGAGCAGACCAUGCCUACUGCUGCGUGGAGAUGGGUCUGGGCAUGAUUCAGGCUAUUGAACAGUUCUGCCAGGAGAAGAGGGAGAUGGUGAACAUGAGGGUGGGUGUCCACACUGGCACUGUCCUGUGUGGUAUUCUGGGCAUGAAGCGCUUCAAGUUUGAUGUUUGGUCCAAUGACGUCAACCUGGCCAACCUGAUGGAGCAGCUGGGAGUGGCUGGGAAGGUCCACCUGUCACAGGCCACCGCCAACUUCCUGGAUGACCGCUACCAGCACGAAGACGGACAAGUCAUUGAGAGAAUAGGACAGAGCGUGGUGGCUGACCAGCUGAAAGGCCUGAAGACCUACCUGAUCUCUGGCAGGAAAGUGGAGCCUCACUCUCUCUGUAGCUGCUCUCAGUUGGGGUUGGCGAGCCAAGAGCACGCAGAGCCUCGGUGCCCCUCUUCCAGGGUGCACACGCCUGAUGGAGCUCCUCCAGCCGGCACGUUGCCUCCAGACAGUGCAAAGUCUCCUUGUAUAUCCUGCAGUGUGGUCCUGAUACCAGGGGAGGAUCAGGUUCUGGAGGAAGGAGCGGUGCACAAUGGCUGUUAUGACGACCACAAGACCAACAACAGCAAGGACACUUCAAACCUGAAGUGCUCUCCAGCAGUGUCUGCAGGACGCAGCCCCAAGGCUCUGAACGGCCUGCUCAGCCCUCAGCUGGAGGCCCUGAACAACAGCCAGACGUCACUGUGUGAGAUGCUGCAGGAGAAGGAGAAGAAGACGUGGAGUGGAGGAGCCAUGGGCAUGGACCACUCAGUGCUCAUCCCCCUGCGCUCCAAGAACUUCAGGGAGAGGAGCGACGCUCACUUUGUGGAUGUGAUUAAAGAGGACAGCCUCAUGAAGGACUAUUUCUACAGACCUCCCAUAAACAAGCUGAGCCUCACCUUCCUGGAGAAGAGCCUGGAGUCUGCUUACCGGAUAAGCUACCAGGAGGAGGUGGAAACCCAAGCACCGGUGCAGACUUUUGCCAGUCCAACAUUCAGUUCUUUCCUGGACAUGCUGCUGUGCUGUUUAGUGUUUCUCUCUCUCUCGUUGGCCUGUUUCCUUCGACCGCUCGUCACCCAGCAGAGUUUGUCCACACCAGCGCUCAUCCUGACAUCUGGGGCCGCCCUGUUGGAGGCUCUGGGUCUGCUGUUUGCUAUACGUAUGGCGUUCUACCUGGACAGUGUGCUGAAUUGCACUCGGAUGCUGAUGAGAGCCAUCUCAGGCUGGAUAGCGCGUCACUUUAUAGGAGCCGUCCUGGUGUCUCUACCCACUGUGGCCGUCUUCUCUCAUGUCCACUGUGACAUGCAUCUCUCCAUCCAGUUCACCAUGUUCUUCUGCUGUGCUGUCAUCAUCGCUAUCAUUCACUACUGUAACUUCUGCCAACUCAGCUACUGGAUGCGCUCAGGUCUGGCAACUUUGGUGGGACUAUCACUGCUUGCCUUGCUCUCCAGCUCCCCCUGCAGUGUUGCAAAGAGUCUUUUUCUCUGGUCGGACCGUCAGAGCAAUAACAGCAACAGCUCCAUCUUCAUGUCUGACAGCCCGGCAGACCUCGACCCCCAGGACCUGCUGGGCCCCGAGGCCUGCGUUGCCUUUUUCCUGCUCCUGCUCCUGAUCUGGUUCCUGAACCGCGAAUUUGAGGUCAGUCACCGUCUGCAUUACCAUGGCAACGUGGAGGCAGAUCAACACCGCAUCAAGAUCCAGAACAUGAGGGACCAGGCCGACUGGCUGCUCCGCAACAUCAUCCCCAUCCACGUGGCCGAGCAGCUGAAGGUCACCCAGAGCUACUCCAAGAACCACGACAACGUGGGCGUCAUAUUCGCCAGCAUCGUCAACUUCAGUGAGUUUUAUGAGGAAAGCUACGAGGGAGGCAAGGAGUGCUACCGCGUCCUCAACGAGCUGAUUGGAGACUUUGAUGAGCUGUUGCGGAAGCCCGCCUUCUCAAACAUGGAAAAGAUCAAAACCAUCGGCGCCACGUACAUGGCGGCGUCAGGACUCAACGCGCAGCAGUGUGCGGAUGCGGCGCACCCUCACGCUCACCUCCGCGCUCUUUUCGAAUUCGCCCUCGAAAUGAUGCGCGUGGUGGACGACUUCAACAAGAACAUGCUGGGCUUCGGCUUCAAGCUCCGCAUCGGAUUCAAUCACGGGCCUCUAACCGCCGGGGUGAUCGGCACCACGAAGCUUCUCUACGACAUCUGGGGCGACACGGUCAACAUCGCCAGUCGCAUGGAUACGACCGGUGUGGAGUGUCGUGUCCAGGUCAGCGAGGAGAGCUACUGCGUGCUCAGCGGCAUGGAGUACGAGUUUGAUUAUCGCGGCACGGUUAACGUGAAAGGCAAAGGUCAGAUGAAGACCUUCCUCUACCCGAAGAGCAGCGACAGUGGCCCCGUGCCUCAGUACCAACUCUCCGUCUCGCCGGAGAUCCGGGUGCAGGUGGACGGCAGCAUCGGGCGCUCGCCCACCGAUGAAAUCGCCAGCAUGAUGCCCGCAACCAGCUUAACCACAAGCAGCACCAGUACGGUGGUAGCCAGUACCAGCGCUGGUUCCUCUGCCGCCGCAGGGCAGGACAGCCGGGAAAGACGUCCCUCUGCAGAAACCUCUCACGCCAGGAGACCUACGUCUCACCAAGAGGGACCUCCGCCUUCUGCAACUAACAAACAGCUCAUCAUCUCAUCCUCGCUGCAGCAAAACACACCCCAAAAUUCAACAACAACGUCCCAGAAAGACAUCAAGACGGACAAAUGCAACGAUGAUUGUGAGAGUCGUGUCGGAGAGUUAACCAGACUUUAAGAAUUUGCUACAAUGCCGCUUUUAUCGUAUAUCCUCUACCCUUUAAGCUCUCGUUCCUGCCAGUUGUACAUCAGAGAGAAAGACCCAGAGGCCUCCUCUCUGCAUCAGCUGGCACCAGGUUGUUCUUAGUGUGAAUGUGAUUGGCUGAUGUUAUCAGUGAAGGGUGCUGGCUGGACCACGAAGCGAGCGUCAGGCAGGAACACACAAAAGAAAUGGGAAGAUGUGAUGGCUGACUGAACCUUCUCUUGCCUGCUACAGAUCCCAUUGUCUCCCAUUAACUUACUUGAUUAUCUGUACACCUUUAAUCUUAAUUUCAUAUGUCUUUUAAGUGCCUUUAGAGUAGAAUAAUGUGUGUAGACUAAGCCCUUUUGAGUAAGGGAAGAAUAACAUAAAGGGAAACUGUAAAUAAGCAAACUUUUUUGGGAAAAACUGCUUUGCUUUUGUUACAACUUUACUUUGUAAACUAUGCUUUGCUAUGAUAUUUUGCCUUUUAUCAAAGAAGAGCUCACCUUAAAUACGGAAAGUGCUACAACGGGAGGAGAAAUAAGAUGUUAAUCCAAGAUAAUCUGCACUAGAAUGCAGCCAAGUUUCUUCAUGAAAAGCUGAAACUCUUCAUGAAAAGGCACAGCAGAGACUAAUCAAUACAGGCUAAGGGCAGACGGGGCCGAGCUGCGCGUCGUAUGAGUGUAUUUGCAUGCAAACAGUGUGUGUGUGUGUGUGUGUGUGUGUGUGUGUCGUAACAAGAUCGUGCAGGGUUUAAUGAGGAGAGGUGCCUAUGAGCUACUCGACUGACUUCUGCAGGAUGAUGACAAACAGUUAAGGAACGCAGUCAAAAGAGAAAAAAAAAUUGGUUGCUGAUGUGGCAGCUUUUCCCCCUGGCCUCGGUUAAGAUCUUAGUAUUGCCUGAGUACUGAGGCAUGAAAGUCUCAGCUACAUUUAAUCAACAUGCAGCAUCGUGCACGGGGUUAGUAGCGCUUGUGCCCUCGCCCAUGAUCCAGGCUCUUAUGGGAAGCCAAGCUGUGUUAAGUGUUGAUGAGGUACUGCUGUACCUGUAGAGUGUCUUGACUGUAGGUCGAUUAGAGAAAACUUAGCUUUUCUGCCAUGGAUUACACUGUGUGUUAGUUGAUAGUGCUUUUAAGACAUGGAUAAUCAAAGUGGAAUGUCACAAAUCAAAACUAAAUGUGUUUUAUUGUAUUUAUUGUUACACAAAACUUGAACUGUUCAUGUGAAGCUCCCCGCUCUAUGAUUUCUAUGAUUUGUAAGACAUUAUUAGAUGGAAACAGCUGGAUACAUUAGCCGCUUUUUUACUUUAAAUGGCAUGAAAUUUAAUGUAAUAGCACUGUAAAUGCAAAGGCAGUGCAGCAAAUGUAUUUCUUAAUAUUCCCUUGGUGUUUUUUACUCUUUGUUUUGUGACUUCAUUGAUUUCAUGCUGUCAGAUUACGAAGGAAAUCAAACUGAUUGAACUGUACAUCUCUGUUGCUGUUACAUUUUUCUCUGUUCGCUAAAAGGAUUGUGUGCUCAGAGGCAGAAAGUUUCACCAUGAAAUCCACUCCGGUGUCUUAUUUUUGAUGUUUCAAUAUCCGCAACAACACCUUAACCUCAUAUUUUUAAAUUACCGUUUUACAAUCAGUACCUUUAAGUAAUAAAGCAAACAGUAUUGCAGAAAAACAAGGAACAAAUUUGCCUUCUUUUAUCAUCAAAUAAUUUAUUCCAACUGCCACAUUUAACAUUACCCUAAGAGGUAAAUAAUUUGUUUGCUUGUUUGUGUGUGAAGAUAGGGUAGCUUGUGCCUUUAAACCUGAUUUUCUUUUAAAAAAACAACUUUUUUCUUCUGCUCUCAGUUGCUUUAUUUUUUUAAGACAUUGCAUAUUUCCCAGAAGCUAAUGCUGCAUUCAUGUGCUCCUCAGAUGGUACCACUUUCCGAGUUUGGAAGUUAUUCUACUGACUUUGGUGUGUUCAUGAGCUUUAAGUUGUAAUGUGGAAACAACAUGGAUGCUAAGAUGUCUUGUAUUUUAUUGCUAAGAGUGUUUAAACAGCACAUUCAUUCCCUAAACCCACCAAAAAAUAUUGCUUUACCUGACUUUUUAUCAGGGUUAAUGCUAAUUUUUACUUAUUUAAGUCACUCUACAAAGACAGCAACUAACGGUUAUAACCUAAUACCAUUUUCCAAUUAACAAAUGAGCAAAAAAAUGAUAUGCAAUAUGUGAAUUAUUGAAACAUUUCUUACAAUCAAUCAACAUUUACUUUCAUCCCCCAAUUCCCUGCAUAAUAUGAAAGUCUUGUAAAGUUUUUACCAACUUUGAGGGAGUGUUCACAUGAAUUUUCCCACUCUGGAAUUCAUUUUCCAGAUUAUUCCGACACUAUAUGAAUGCAGGUAAUGGUAUGCAUAAGCAGGAGAAUGUUCAUUUUUUCACUUCAAUCAGAUUUCAUUUUGAUGAGGUUUUCUAAGAUCGUGAAAUUAGAGCAGUGCCUUUUCUUAGUAUAUACAAUUAAAUGUAAACAAGCCAAACAUAUUCAGCAUUAAUUGGCCUUAUUGCAUGUUUUUUUAAGUCCUUUUUGUUCUCCGGCCUUCCAUUGUGUACUGUAUCUAUUGCUUGGAUGCAGUUUGGUUUAUAUAAAUGCAAUAAUUAGUUAAAAAGGGAAAAUUACCUUUACGCUUAUGAGCACACAACCCUCGUUACCAGCCACAAUUUUGUGUUUGUUAUCCUACAAUAAAGGAAUAAUUAUAUUAGAAUAAGUAUUGUUCUUAUCCACGGUUAAGCGCUUAGUAGAGAUCGUGAUACGUAAGUGUCAGGUAAAGUGAAUAAGCUACAUUUCUUUUUUUUUCCUUCUCUGUAAUUUUGAUAAGAAUUAUGUGUUUUUUUAAUGAACUUUGAACUUCUUUCUUUUUCUGGAUUGUAUUUGGGACAAAUAAGUACAAUAACAUAGGGGAGUCAUCUCAUAGAUUUGAUUUUUCUAUUUCGGUUUCACUACAAACAUGAGCUCAACUGUCGGUUUGAUUUUUGGAGAUGUAAGUGCCAUUCUGACCCAGCAGGAUGGCACGCUGUGAGACUUUUGAUGCCAAAGAGUGUUAUUGCCAUCUCUUGGAGUUUCUUUAUACAUCUCAUCUUCUCCUUAAUUUGCAGAUUGUGUCGUGCACGUUCAAGAAAGG